CCGCCGCAACGUCCCGGGUGUGGACGCGGCAGCAGCUCUCGGAGCGGCGGGAUGGAGGCGUCGCGCUGCCGCCCGGGACCCCGCGGGGACAGAUACGGAACAUUUCCAUCACUCAGAAGGUUACCUUGUGCCAGUUUCCGGUUAAAUCCCUCCUCUCCAAAAGUAAACACUGCUCUGACUUCUGUCACCAUGGAUUGCUUUUGCCUGUCCUUGAACUUAAUUGCCUUUGAGGAUGAGACCAUGAAGCUUCGGCAGCUGAAACUAGAUAAUCAGAGAGCGUUACUGGAGAAGAAGCAGAGGAAGAAGCGCCUGGAGCCGCUCAUGGUCCAGCCAAACCCGGAAGCCCGGCUGCGCCGGUCAAAGCCGAGGGGCAGUGAGGAGCACACUCCCCUGGUGGAGCCGCAGGCCCCGCACAACGGCGUCGUCCUGCACGGUGUGUAUUCAGGCGUGCCUCUUCCUGCCGUGGCACCGCUCGCACAGACCCAGGGUGCAGGAGGACUCUCACGGGGACCGAAGGGGAGCAUUAGCAUCGUUACUGGCAUCGACGGUCCCGCUGCCUUCCUGAGGCCAGAUGCUCAAGACUUGGACAGCAAGCCUCAUGUUCUGUCAGUGGGAUCCUCUGCCGCGGAGGAGGACCCUGAGGGGAGCGUGGGUGAGGAGCGCACCUGGGGCCCUGCUUCCAAGCCCGACCUUCAGGAGAUUCUCCAGAAACACGGCAUCUCAGGUAGCUUGAACUUUGAUGAAGAGGAGACUGAUGGGGAGGAGGAGGAAGGGAAGAAACUGAGGUCUCAUUCGCCAAAUUCAGAGACAGAGAGACCCAGUUCUGCGUCCAGCCAGAAGCCAGCCGCGGACACAGGAGCUUCCGGAACUGCAGCCCAGCAAACUGAUAGCCAGCUGGGAGAAAUAGAGAGUUUAGAGGACUUUGCCUACAGUCCUGCCCCUCGAGGCAUCACAGUGAAGUGUCGGAUAACCAGGGACAAGAAAGGAGUGGAUCGCGGUCUCUUCCCCACCUACUAUAUGCACUUGGAAAAGGACGAAAAUCGAAAGAUAUUUCUUCUUGCAGGUAGAAAGCGGAAAAAGAGCAAAACAUCCAACUACCUGAUCUCCACUGACCCAACAGAUUUGUCUCGUGAGGGGGAGAGUUACGUCGGCAAACUCAGGUCCAACCUCAUGGGGACCAAGUUUACAGUUUAUGACCAUGGUGUCAGCCCGGCCAAGGCCCAGGGCCUGGUGGAGAAGGCCUACACCCGGCAGGAGCUGGCCGCCGUGUGCUAUGAAACCAACGUCCUCGGGUUUAAAGGCCCUCGGAAGAUGUCUGUGAUCGUUCCCGGGAUGACCAUGAAUCAUGAACGGAUCCCAUUUCAGCCACGAAAUGACCAUGAGAGCUUGCUUUCAAAGUGGCAAAGCAAGACCAUGGAGAACUUGAUUGAACUGCACAACAAGUCCCCAGUCUGGAAUGACGACACCCAGUCCUACGUCCUGAACUUCCACGGCCGGGUCACACAGGCAUCUGUGAAGAACUUCCAGAUAGUCCACGAAAGUGACCCGGACUAUAUAGUCAUGCAGUUCGGACGUGUGGCCGACGACGUGUUCACACUGGACUACAGCUACCCGCUGUGUGCCCUUCAGGCCUUUGCCAUCGGGCUCUCCAGCUUCGACAGCAAGCUGGCGUGCGAGUGAGGGAGCGGCGGCGCUGGCCUUCUCCCCGCAGAGCUGUCCUGGGCGUAGUCGCCGCCCCUGCUCUUGCCCCAGGACACGCAGAGCGACAGUCUGCCCCUUUAGGGAUGAUCCCUGAGAGUAUGUACGCGUAUCUGUGCACACGUGUGUGGACACACAUAGGUGUGCACACACCACCCCGCCCAGUCCCCACGCCUGCUCGGGGAUCACAGCCUGACCGGGUGGGAGACGGUUCGAAGCCCGGAGAGGCUCUUGUCCAGUGCAGGGGACUCCUGAAGUCAGUGCCCAGCAGAGUCAGAAUUCUUGUGCCUGGAAAUUUGCAGCCAAAGUGAGCUUCUUAGAUAUGCGAGUCUCCUUUUUUGAAGACCUUUUCAGAGAGGGAGAGUUCCCUGAACUACCUUUAUCUCCAGGCCUGCAAACUUUCCCUGUAAACAGCUGGUAUUGUCUUAACACUGCGCUGCUCUGCGGUGGCCGGUUCAUCCACGGGGCCGCGGCUGUGUCCCUGACACGGGCGGCAGGCCAGCCCCUCCUGCGGGCGUCCCUAUCUCAUCCAGAAUGGGCCCCCAGUUGUGAGAGCAUCUGAGUCGGGGGCUGUCUCUGAGAAGCAGCCAUCCUGCAGGUCGACUCUGAAGAGAUGUGCAGCCUCAUUCGCUGUAACGUAGCUUUUACCUUGUUUGGGAUGAUGAUUUCCAGAGUCAUUUGCCAUCAGAACUGGGAACCCGAGUCAGUCCUCGUUCUGAGUCCACACGGCUGGCUUGAUUCUGCCAUCCCACCCACCUCGCCCAUGGGGGAUGGUGCGCCAUCUCUGUGGACAGAGCGUGUGCCGGGUCCCCAGAACUAGCCACCCCCGCCCCUUCCCCGUGUCACAGCCCCCCUCCCCUUGUUCCCAGCAGGUUGGCUGGCUCCAAUCUCAGAGUGGCUGUGGCCGGAUUUAUGAUCAGUGAUGUGAGAAAUGUACGUGAUCGUCUUCAUUUUGGUUUAGGCUGGAAGUGUAAACUCUAGAAGCGACUGGGUCUAGUUAAGCCUGAGAACUGCUGGACAGUGGCCUUCAUUUUCAGCCCGGGAGGCCUCCCACAGCUGUGCGGCCGCGGAGUGGUCAGCGUAGAGGUACACGCCUGCGGACGUGGGGGGGGGGUACCAGAACAGUGUGUGUGGAGACUUGCGACUGUCACUGUGGAGAGGGGCAGGGACCAGACCUUACUGGCAGAGCCGGGCCUCUCUUCUCGACGUGAGUACCGUCGGCUCCCCGAGGCCCAUUCAUCCGAGAUCGUGUCCCGUCAUGAGCUUCUCACAGAUUGUAAGAGUUUUGCUCAGUCGUUCAGAUUAUUAGCAUCUCCCAACGAAUCAUGUGAUGCCGCCAGGUCACGGCCCCCGAGCACACCUGGGUGUGGAGGACUCGGGAGCCCGGUGAGCUCUGUGUUGGCGAUGUUGCCUCCCAGGCUCUGCACGGGGCCAGGCGUCAGCGGCUGUCGCUCCAUUGUGUUUCCCUCCUGUGGACUUCCUCCCUGUCCCCGCUGCCUGCUGUCCCUGCUCCACGUCCAACAGCAGUGGGAAAGGCCGGGGACGAGAAGGCCUGCACUCACCCGCCGGCAGGUCCCACCCGCUGUCCUGCCGAGGUCGGUCCCCUGAGUCUCAGGCCUGCUUCCCCUCAAGUGCCUUGUUCAGAGAAGUGCCCUCCAGCCCCCUGGCGCUGCCGUCCCCGAGUGCCCCCUGUCUGACGAGCUGCGGCAUUGAAAACAGAAGGCUGGUCCCUCGUCUCCAGAUGCAGAGUAUAAAGUGUCCCAGGAGGGGCCGCGGGGCCUAAGCCCGCUUCCUCCCGCCCGCUACGGCUCAGAGACGCCCCCCGCUUCACGCACUCCUGCUUGGGUGCGCAGGUAGUUGGUUUUACAUGAAUCAUAUUUAUAUCUUUUGUACGCUACAGAAAUAAAAAGUGAUUUCUAUGACAA